CACCCAUGACAGCUCAUCACCUAAAAAUCACGUCUAAUUCAUUAGAUUAUUGUUUGAAAGACAAGACGAAGAAAACACAAUAAUCGUCUUAUUCCAUUUUUUUAAACGAAAAGAUGGACCCAAUGCGCAUGCGCAAUCCGGUGCUACGAAUUUCCGGCCGGAUAAAAGAUGCGGAUGGCAUCUGGAUGAGCUCCAGUCGUCAAAGAAAGCCCCACAUAGUUCAAAGGCUUGGAUAACUCUGACCAGUGCUCGUCUCUCUUUCGGUUUCUCCGCUCAUUAAAAAUGGAACCCGAGGAUUGCGUCCAAAUGGAUAAUUGUAAUAACAUUACCCAAAAUUAUUAUCUUCCCACGCUCCAAGCGCGAAUCGACUUGGAGAUGAUGGAGUGGUUAUCUCGACUGCAAAAUAAUCGACGGCUACCCGAUUCCAUUUUCUAUCCGCUUUUAUUGGCGUACGCCAUCAUGAUCAUGUUCGGCGUGCUGGCCAAUGGCUUAAUUAUAACACUGGUACUCCGCCAACGUUCCAGGCACCAAUUACGUCACCUGUUGAUGAUUAAUUUGUCCGUCUCGGAUUUACUUCUGUGUCUGGUGACUAUGCCGUUGACUUUCAUGGAAUUAGUUUGUUUCAGCUGGCCGCUAGGCAACUAUCCGUUGCUGUGCAAGUUGGCCGGCUCGAUGGAAGGCGUUUCCGUUUAUUGUUCGACAUUGACGAUCGCCAGCAUCGCCAUGGAUCGCUAUCACCUGAUUGUGUUUCCCGUUCGCAGAGAAGGUCCCAUUGGAUACUGGACUGUUUCGUGUCUCCUGCUGGGCAUCUGGACGGGAAGUCUGCUCUUAGCCUGUCCUCUGUUUCUCUUCCGGUCGUUGAAGCACUUGCCUUUAAAUGAAGGAUUGCUGGGCAUCGCAUCCAUCGAGUUUUGCGUCGAAGAAUGGCCCGAUUCGUCACCCGCCGCUCUGAUUUACUCACUGGCCAGCACACUGUUCCAAUUUCUCAUUCCGGCGAUAAUCAUCGUGUUCGCCCACGCAUCCAUUUGCGCCCGUCUUCGACGCAGAUUUCAAGGUACCAGUCGCCGCGCGGGAGCGCACAGACCCAAAACGCAUCACUUACUUUCGGCCAUCGCUUUGACGUUCGCCCUGUGCUGGAUCCCGCUUAAUUUGUUCAACAUCCUGGACGCUUUUUUUUUCGUUUUAUCCGACGUCCAGCAAUUGAAAUUGACUGUCUACGCCGUCUGUCACUUGGCCGGCAUGAGUUCAGCGUGUCUCAAUCCAGUUUUCUACGGCUGGCUUAACCACAAUCUGCGUGCAGAGCUCGUCCGUCUAUUCCCGCAGCUCGUACGGUACACGAAACCGGCCUCGAACACGACGACGACGGCCAACAACAAUACGACCAUUCAAGCCCAGCUCACCUUGGCCGAUGCUAUUUCGUACGUUUGAUUUCUCUUUUUAUGUUGGUAGAAUUUUUUUCUAAAUUCAGCGCCAUCUAGUCACCUGAAAUUCGAAUGAUUUCAGUCAAAGAGCAAACUGUGUUACGAUCGCAAUCCAGUUGUUCCUCCGAGUUUUUUAAAAAAGAUGGCCAUCAUGCCACGUCGGUGACCGUGAAGCAUUGUUGCCUUUCUCUUCAAUCAUGGACACGUCUAUCUAUUUAAAAACAAAACAUAAAAGGAAAAUCUGUGUCAAAUAAUCGCUGGACGUUUAUAGUUUGACGACGAAUCCGUGCGAAAAUGUAAUAACUCUUUCGUUUACUAUCCAUUUCAGAUGUAAAAAAAACAAUUUGUUAUUU